GUAUUGGCAGCGCGGUGUGAUUAUUCAAUCGGGCAUGUUUGACAGACGAGGAAAACACACGCGCACGGGUACCCGGUAGAAAGGCGCAACAACCCGACUUUUCGGCAACAACACUCGGCCGAUUUUGUGCAUUGCAUAGAGCUUAACUUGUUGUGUUCGUGGUGAUAGCGGCAUUUUAUCCCAAUUUGCCCUGCUCGCCACAUUGUUGCUAGCGAAUGUGAGUGUGCUCCCCAGCCCCCAUCGCCAGUCCAGCGGAGUCCAGCCGGUUGUUUUGAUCCGCACGACACACCUUUCCGGGCAGAAUGUUUUCCUCCAGCACCGUGUCCACCCUGUUACGGCAGUAUGCCAUUUCCUGGAGCAUCAUACCGGUGCGCUCGAAAAACUAUCUCAAUCGUCCCCGACUACGCAAUCCGGUUUGGUUCGUGAAGAAGACGCGCACACUACAUAAUGAACAGUUCACCGAGGACAAUACCGCGUUCCUGAACGAGGUCAAGCGGGAAACGAUCCUGUCGGCGGCGCAGCGCAGCCAGUCGAAUCUGCUGAAGCUAGCGCACGGUGAACAGAAUGGUCAGCUGGCCCAGUGGGCCCCGGGUCUGAAGCGAACGGGUGUCAUUGCAAAAAAGAUCGGCCAGUACCCGUUGUGGACGAAGGAUGGCCAAAAGAUACGCACCACGCUGCUGCAGAUCGUCGACAACGAGGUGGUAAAGUAUAUCCCACCGGAAGAGUAUCGGCCGGCGCAGGAACCGCGCCAAAGCCGCAACUGGCGCAAGCCGUACGGCUGCCUGUUGGUCGGCGCGGAGCACGGCGAUCCGUCCCUGUUCACCAAGGAGUACGCCGGCCUGUUCCACGAGUCGGGCGUCCUGCCCAAGAAGCAUCUGUGCCGGUUCAUCGUGUCACCGGAGGCGCAGCUGCCGUCCGGUACCGCGCUGACCGUGAGCCACUUCCGCGUCGGCGACUUCGUGGACGUGCGCGGGCUCACGGUGGACCGCGGCUUCCAGGGGGUGGUGAAACGGCACGGGUUUAAAGGUAUGCCGAAGUCGCACGGCGUGACCAAGACGCACCGCCGGCCGGGCAACAUCGGUGCGGGCGGCAAUAAGGCGCGCGUGUGGCCCGGCACCCGGCUGCCCGGCCACAUGGGCAAUCGGUGGCGCGUGCUGCGCGGCCUGCGCAUCCUGCGCAUUAACCCGCAGUACAACGUGAUGUGGGUGAUGGGCAGCAACAUUGCGGGCAACACGAACGGGAUCGUGUACAUCUACGACACGAUACUGCCACUGCGGCGCCACGGCGCGAAGGGUGUGCCGGCCGGUCCGCCACCGUUCCCGACCGCACUUGAGCCGCUGCCGGCGGACAGCGGCGACAUCUGGCUGGAGGAUCUGCACGAUUUCCGCAAGCUCUCGAUCACGUACAGCGCGGGCAGUGAGUGACGGGCAGGAACGAUGGUUUAUGUACGUGGGUAGAUUAAUUAUGGAAUAAAGAAGAACUGUAAAACCAA